UAUACAUAACUUUCUGUCAUUUAAAAUGACAAACACUUAUUAUCAAAAAAAAAAUGACAAACACUUUACCCAUAUAUAUAUAUAUAUAUAUAUAUAUAGACACGCCUUUACAGCCAUAGUUUCCCGCUUCAAUAAUCAGCAUCAACCCGUAAUGGAGUUUUUCACCAAAGCCAAGGCCGUCAAGCUCCGGAGCCACCUCGAUAAGUACCUCGUCGCCGACGACGACCGAUUAAGGGUCAGUCAGAGCAGAAAGGGGUCCGGUAAGAGAGCGAAAUGGACGGUGGAGGUAGUGGAAGGAGAGAACAACAACCACCGCGUGCGGCUGAAGAGCUGCCACGGGAGGUACCUAACGGCGACGGAGACACCGUUUAUGCUGGGCGUGACCGGAAAGUUGGUGCUCCAAACAGACUUCGAAACGGGUUUGGAUUGGAAGUACGAGUGGGAACCGAUACGCGACGGGUUUCAGGUGAAGCUGAGAAGCUGGUGCGGGAAGUACCUGAGAGGGAACGGAGGAACGCCACCGUGGAGGAACUCGGUGACGCACGAUGAUCCCGUUAGUGCUGCCACGCAGGAUUGGGUUAUGUGGGAUGUUGUGGAAGAGGAGAUGGAGAUUAUGGAUGAUGAGUUCUCCAAGAGUGUCGUCUCGUCUUUUGUUUCUGAUGAUUUCUCCGCCGGUGAGGAUCCGGCGUCUCCCAUGUCGGUUUUCUCUCUGAGGUCGCCGCCGCUAGUGAGACGGAACUCCAAGCUGCAGGUGCAGACAAUAAGUUCAAACAAGUUCAGGACCGGCAUGGACUUCUUCCACCACGCGAAGGCGGUGCGCCUCCGCAGCCACCACGAGAAGUACCUGCUUGCGGAGGAGGACGAGGAGUCGGUGACACAAAGCCGAAACGGGUCAUCAAAGUGUGCACGGUGGCUCGUUGAGUACGUCCCUGAAUACGACAACAUCAUUCGCCUCAAGAGCUGUUACGGCAAGUACCUCACCGCCUCCAACUACCUCUUCUUGCUUGGCAUGACGGGUCACAAGGUGCUACAAACCAUUCCUUCGAAGCUCGAUUCCUCGGUCGAGUGGGAACCUGUUAGAGAUGGUUCUCACGUCAAGCUCAAGACUCGUUAUGGCAACUUCCUCAGAGCAAAUGGUGGUUUACCACCUUGGAGGAACACUGUCACACAUGAUAUCCCUCAGAGAACCGCAACACAGGAUUGGAUCUUGUGGGAUGUUGAUGUUGUGGAGAUUAAUGUUGUUCGUUCUCCCGUUGAUGAGAAACCUUCUGCUCCACCCUUGCCUCUUUCGGAUCCUGUCACGCCAUCAUCACCUGUGGUACCCACCAAAUCUGAGAGCUUUUCGAGGCAACAGUCGAAUGAUUUGAAUCUUGGUUCUUCGCCGAAGAUGGAGGGGCGAACUAUAUACUACCAUGUUGCUGAGGACAAUGGAGAGGUGAGUGAUGAAGGUGGUCAAGCUUAUUCUUUGAUUUUCAAAGGGAAUGGAGUUGAAGAAUUGAGACGAAAAUUUGAAGAAGAAACAGGGCUAGAGGGAGUCAUUGUGUGUAAUCGGAGUCCUUUGAAUGGAAGGCUUUAUCCUCUUCGCUUGCAGCUUCCUCCAAACAAUGUCACGAUGGAGGUUGUUUUGGUUCUUCCCUUUUCAAAGGUGGCUAGAGACUUUGAGGCACAAGGUUUACUGUGAGAAGCCAAGUUUUUUGCAAUGCAAGGCCUAUGUAUAUAAUGAUCCAAACCUAUUCCAGUUUCAUGAGAGAGCAUUUAGGAUUUGAGAAUGUGUGUUAAGUUCCGGCUUGUAAUAGUCCAUUGCAUUUAUUAAGCAGAAUUCAUCAUGGUCCUAUGGAGGUUGCUUAAAAUUGCCAUACAAUGGAUCGUAACUGCAAUAUUUGUUCAUCAAUGACAUCCAGUGGGUUAUGGGCAAUCUGAUGGUGGAUUUAAUAUAAGCCUGUUUCAUGUGGAUUUCAGGAAUUUUGUUGUUUGAUGGUUUUGUAAUUUUCUGUGCUUCGUGAUAUUUCUCUGGACAUGUAAAUAUAAGUUUUGCCAAAAUUGG